AUGGGAGGCCCCCGCCUCUGCACGCUCUUGAUUCUGGCCACGACGGCCUGGGCAAGAGCCCUGGCUCCCAGAGCCCCGUGUCAGGGCUACCAGGCGGCAAACGUGCUGCUAUCUGAUUCCUAUCUCGUCGCCGAUCUCGCCUUGAUUGGAAACUGCAGCCAGUACAGCCCUGAUAUUACGAACCUCAGGCUGCUCGUCGAGUAUCAGACCGACUCGGACUACAAUGUCUACCAGGUCCAGGAUCAGGUCUUACCGCGGCCCAACAGCCAAAAUGCCACUACAACCAACGCCAAGAUCCAGUUCGCCUUCACCAAGAACCCCUUUUCCUUCAACGUCACCCGCACAAGCACCGGCGAAGUCCUGUUUGAUACGUCGGCUGCCCCGCUCAUUUUUGAAUCGCAGUUCGUCAGUCUCCGAACCCGGCUUCCGCAGAAUCCUAACUUGUAUGGCUUGGGUGAACACUCCGACAGCUUCCGGCUCCAGACCAACAACUACAUCCGCACCCUAUGGGACGCCGAGUCUCCCUUCAUUCCAAACCAGCAGAACCUCUAUGGCAGCCACCCAGUCUACCUGGACCACCGGGGUGCGUCGGGAACCCACGGCGUUUUCUUGCUGAGCUCUAGUGGCAUGGACAUCGAGAUCGGCCAGACAGCUUCGGGCGACCAGUUCCUCGAGUACCGUACCAUUGGCGGCGUGCUCGACUUUUACUUUCUUGCUGGGCCAGAUCCAGCUGCCGUCAGCAAGCAAUAUGCCGAGGUCGUAGGCUUGCCGGCCAUGGUGUCUUAUUGGACCCUCGGCUUUCACCAGUGCAAGUACGGCUGGCCCAACAUUGACUACGUCGCCCAGGUCGUCGCCAACUACUCGGCCGCCAACAUCCCGCUCGAGACGGUUUGGGGUGAUAUUGAUUACAUGGACAACAAGCGUGACUUCACUACGAGCCCGGUGAACUUCCCGCUGGCCAAGGUCCGGCAGCUCGUCAGCUCUCUCCACGAAAACAACCAGCACUACGUCGUCAUCCUCGAUCCAGGCAUCAAGAACGACGCUAGCUACAGCACCUACGCUCGAGGCGCGCCGCAGAGCGUCUUCCUCAAGGCGGCUGACGGCUCUUACUAUCGUGGUAGCCAGUGGGCCGGCGAGGUCGUGUGGCCCGACUGGUUCGCGCCGAAGACACAGGACUGGUGGAGUAAUGAGAUCAAGAUCUUCGCUGACCCGGGAACCGGCGUCAACGUCGACGGCCUGUGGACUGACAUGAACGAGGUGUCCAAUUUCUGCAACAACGUUGCAUGCACCAACAGCCAGGCUGCUGUCGUCGGCCGGACGCCACCGCGACGACGUCCCCGGCGUGCUGGUGACGGCCCGGGACCCAUGAAGGGUCUUCCGGGCCGUAGCCUCUUCCAGCCGGCAUACCGCAUCAACAACCAUCAAGGUGAUAUCGCAGCCAAGACGCUCGAUACCAACGUCACAAACGCCGACGGAACUGUUCAGUACGACACCCACAACCUAUACGGCACCAUGAUGGCAGGGGCCACGCGGCAAGCACUUAUUGCCCGGACGCCCGGUAAGCGGCCGUUCGUGCUGACGCGCUCGACAUUCGCGGGCGCCGGCCGGGUAGCCGCUCACUGGUUCGGCGACAAUUUCUCGUCGUGGGAUCACUACCGCACGACAAUCCGGCAGCUCCUGGCCUUUGCAACCAUACAUGCAAUGCCAAUGGUUGGCUCUGACGUUUGCGGAUUCAACGGUGCCGCGCAGGAGAACAUGUGCGCGCGAUGGGCGGCGCUCGGUGCGUUUCAGCCCUUCUACCGCAACCACGCCGAUAUUUCGGCUCCAGACCAGGAGUUCUACCGAUGGGCUUCGGUUGCCGACUCGGCCCGCAAGGCCAUCGCUGCCCGCUACCGUCUGCUUGAUUAUCUGUAUACCGCCAUGCACCGCGCUACGUCAAUUGGCGACCCUGUCGCAAGUCCCCUGUGGUUCCCAUACCCAGCUGACACCAACACGUUUGGCAUACAGACACAGUGGUUCCUGGGAGACGCGCUGCUCAUUUCCCCGGUCGUCGACGAUGACUCGACGAGCGUGACAUUCUACCUGCCAAACGAUAUCUUUUACGACUUCUGGACACACGCUCCCGUGCGCGGGGCCGGCGCGGCCGUCACCGUCAAUGACGUGGCCUGGUCAGAUAUACCCGUGCACAUCCGUGGCGGCAGCAUCGUCCCGUUGCGUGUCAACUCGGCCAACACCACCACGCAGCUGCGCCAGCAAAACUUCACCGUGAUCGUGGCCCCGGGGCUCGACGGCACUGCUAAGGGGUAUCUGUACCUCGAUGACGGCGAGAGCUUGGACGUUGGCAGCCAGAGCUCGGACAUCGUCUUCACGUGGGACGGCCAGAAGUUCCAGGCCGACGGUACGUUUGGAUACGCGACAAGAGUCAUAAUCGAGAGCGUUGUUGUGCUUGGCGGUAACGGGUCGGCAGAGGCCGAGUCACGAGCACAAACGCAUCAUGGCCCGUGGGCCUUGUCCGAGGCGUUUGGGUUCCGUGCUUGAUCGUUGCUGGAUUUCUGUGUUUUCUCUUCUUCAAGAUAGGACACGAGGUUUUCUAUUUCUGGUUAUCUAGGGGCGGACAAUGCAUUGGGGACAUGGAAGAGCCGGGGCGGUUGGAAAUGGGCAUUCAUUCCUAGGGGCAUUAGCAUCGAUAAGGAGGAGCAUUGCUACAGAGGACGGGUAUGCCUGAGUUUUCGGGCCAGGAACGACUUACCUUUCCAUGGUGUUAUGGUUUUAUGGUUUUAUGGUUUCAUAUGUUCCAAUUAGCG